AUGUCUCCAGUACGCCGCUUCACAAACAAACUGACUGGUCAGCGAGUCGUCCUGGUUGGCGGCACAGGGGGUGUUGGCAUCAGCGUUGCCCAAGCGCUGCUGGAGCACGGCGCCACCAUCAUCCUUUCUUCUUCACGGGAGGCAAAGGUCAAAGACACCUGUGCUGCAUUAGAGAACGACUUUCCUGAAGCCAAGGACAGAGUGUCAGGGUACGCGUGCGACCUGGCCAGCUCGGACGUCGAAUCCAACAUUGAAGAAUUGUUCCAGAAAGUCGGAAAUGUCGAUCAUAUCGUCUACAUGGCGGGGGACCGCUUGCCCAUGGUUCCGCUGGAGGACGUGACAUUGGAAAAAUGGCAGAAAUGCAACCAAGUCCGGACCAUCGCAGCAAUUCUCGUCGCCAAAGUCGGGGUGAGGUAUAUGAAGAAAGACCGUCACUCGUCCAUCGUCAUAACGGGCGGUUCUAUCUCCGAGAAACCAAUUGCUGGCGGAUGGUCUAUGCUGGCACUGAUGGGUGCCGGUCUCAAUGGGUUGGGAAGACAGCUUGCGUUUGACUUGGCCCCCAUUAGAGUCAAUGUGGUUGCGCCAGGUGUCAUCGAGACGGACUUGUGGCAGGGCAUGGGCGAGGAAGGCAAAAAAGCCUUCUUUGCACAGCAUGAGAGUACCAUCCCUACCGGGAAAGUUGGGCAACCAGUCGAUUUGGCCGAGGCAUACCUUUAUUGCCUCAAGGACGCCAAUGCGACAGGGAUAGUCAUCCACUCGAACAGUGGGACUUUUCUGGUAUGA